AUGAUCAAUCUGAUGAAAAAUGAAGAACCUGAACAGGAUAAUUCAUUUAGUGAUGAAGAGAGUUCUCGAUCAUUUGAUAACAAACAAACUUUAGAUGAUAAACUGUUCUCAGACGAUGAUGAGUUAUUUGCAGCUCCCGUUAAUCUUAAUUAUGAUUCAGAUUAG